GCGGCGCACGGUGGGGGGAAGCCAUGCGCAGCAAGCGCUGCACAUGCGAACCGGUUUUCCCUCUCCCGCUUGAUGAGCGCGGAAACCCCGCGUGCGCGAACUCCGCGCGCCCAGAGCUUGAUUUCGAAAUUAACGGUUGGCUUAUAUUCGAUUAACAAACUGACGGUUCAUUUCAUUUGAUUGUUGAUUGACACGCCAACGGCUCGUUUAUUUUUAUCCAUUCUAUCCAUUUUAUAUCCAUUUUAUAGAUUUUAUCGAUUUUAUCUAUUUUCCGUUAUCCAUUAUCCCUCACAUACAUACAUCUACAUACAUCUACUCCUUUUCCUCCUCUUCUCUCCUCUUCCUCUUCUCUCCUCAAAAUUUAUAUCCUCAUCCUCUUCUACCCUCGUCCUUUUUUUUUUUUUUUUUUGGAACCCUCGUCCUAUUCAUCUAUCCUCAUUUCUAUUCACUCGUAGGAAAAAAAAAAAAAAAAAAAGUCCCACGUGGCGCGCACGUGCUCUCCCACGUGUCGUUCCGAGAUCUCCCUCCCUCCCUCCCUCCCUCUCUGGAGAGAGGCAUGGCUUCGGACUCGGAGAAGCUGACGGGGGCUCUGGGGCUUGCCAGCCUGACAGGUGGCAGCAUUUCCAAGGACAAGGUAAAGGAGGCAGUCUGCGGGUACGAGCAAUACCACGCGCAGUAUGGGGGGGAUGCGCAGGGGCGCAAGGCCCUUUAUGCGGACAUGGUUAACAAGUACUACGAUCUUGCGACCAGCUUCUACGAGUACGGAUGGGGAGAAUCUUUCCACUUUGCUCAUCGCCACAAGAACGAGACUUUGAGAGAGAGCAUUCGACGUCAUCAACACUACCUUGCUCUUCGGUUGGGCUUGAAGCCGGGCAUGAAAGUACUCGACGUCGGCUGUGGAAUAGGCGGUCCUCUGCGCGAGAUAGCCAUCUUCAGCGGCGCCUCGAUCACGGGCCUUAACAACAACCAAUUCCAGGUGGCUCGCGGUACCGCACUGAACAAGGCCGCCGGACUGGACAAGACCUGUGAUUACUUGAAGGCGGACUUCAUGAAGAUGCCUAUUGCCGACAGCAGUUACGAUGCAGCGUACGCAAUCGAGGCCACGUGCCAUGCACCUAGUCCGGUGGAAUGCUACAGGGAAAUCUGCAGAGUGCUGAAGCCGGGCCAGUGCUUCGCUGGGUACGAGUGGUGUGUAACUGACGCAUAUAACGCCGACGAUCCUGUGCAUCGCAAGUGCAAGGAGGACAUAGAGAUAGGCGAUGGCCUGCCUGACCUGCAGAGCUGCUCUCAGUGCGUGGAAGCCCUCAAGGGAGCAGGAUUUGAGGUCAUCAUGACGGAAGAUUUGGCCAAGUCGUCGGCAAUACCGUGGUAUUACCCCCUUGCUCGAGGGUUCGGACUGUCGGAGUUUCGGUUGACGUCAUUUGGGCGAUUCUUCACCCGCCGGCUCGUCUGGCUCCUGGAGACGCUAAGGGUCGCGCCGGUGGGGACCACACAAGUGUCGAGGUUCUUGGAGACCGCGUCUCACGGACUGGUCGCAGGCGGAAAGAGGGAGAUCUUCACUCCUAUGUUCUUUUUCCUCGUUAGGAAACCGGCAAAGGCUGCAUCAUGAAGAGGAAAGAGAGGGGGAGGGCGGAAGGGGGAAGACGGGG